UGAACCCACACGAGCAAGUGACGACGCAAAGAGGAGCGAGCGGCGUUAAGCUGCGUGUGUGGCCGCCCGGGAGGGAAGGACGCGCCGCGAGGGGCCGCUGAGCCGCGCGGAGAGACGACCCGCUUCCUGCGUCCAAACAAAGCCAGAGAGCCACGUGAUGUCUGGACGCGCGGUCACGCGCCACAGGCCGGCCACAGUGGAGCACUACAAAGCGGCCAUGUUGCUGAGUGGCGCCGGCGACGCUCUGGGAUGCAGGAAUGGGCUCUGGGAGCACAAUGAGUCGGGACCAGCUAUCCAUCAGGAGCUGAGAGCGCUCGGCGGUCUGGCGAGCAUCAAGGCCGAGCCCCCCGACUGGCCGCUGAGCGCCGACACGGUUCUGCACCUGGCGACGGCUGAAGGACUCGCCACCGGGAAGGCGGGGGAGGAACUCCUGCACGAGGUGGCCGCUCGAUACGUGGAGGGCAUGAAGCACAUGGCCGGGAGGACGCCGGGGCCUUCAAGCGCUUUGGGAGUCUCCCAGCUGAAGCCCGGAGAGGACGAAGGCUUCAGAGUUCCCUACAACGCGGAGGGGACGGGCUGCGGAGCGGCCAGGAGGUCCAUGUGCAUCGGGCUCAGGUAUCCAAAGCCCCACCAGCUGCUGUCGUUGGUGGCCGUUGCCGUGGAGACGGGUAGGAUGACCCACCCUCACCCCACCGGCUUCCUGGGGGCCGUGGCGUCCGCCCUGUUCACGGCGUACGCCGUCCAGCGCAGGCCGAUCACGAGCUGGGGCCUGGGCCUGUUGAGCGAGGCCUGUCCAAUAGCCAGGAGCUUCGUUCGGGGCCGGGGCUUCGCCGCGGAGGAGGCCGAGAGAGACUGGGACGACUUCUGCGACAAGUGGCAGCGGUACCUGGAUUCGAGGGGCAUCUCCUGCGGGGUGGGGCCCGUGAUCUGGCCCUCCUCCUACGGCCCGGCGGAGAGAGACGAGGCCUACGAGGGCUUCAGCCUCUCGGGCCGGGCGGGACGCAGCGGGCACGACGCCCCGAUGAUCGCCCUGGACGCCCUGCUGGGGGCGGGUUCAGACUGGGAGGAGCUGAUGAGCAGAGCGAGCUUCCACGGAGGCGGCGGCACCGCCGCGAUCGCCUGCUGCUGCUGGGGGCUCCUCCACGGCACCCGCGGGGUCCCCGAGGGCAACCACUCCGACCUGGAGUACCGAGACCGGCUGGAGCGCAGCGCGGAGGACCUCUACGCCCUGUCGCGCUGAGGAACGAGGCCCGGCGGGACAUCGGAGCGAGCGCCCCACUGACCCAAAGAAGACGGUUCCCCCUAGUGACCGCUUUAAAUUCACACAGAAUUGCACCGCCGAGUGGAACAGAUUCAAGCUAAUGAGGGUGGGGAAAACAAUCCAAAAAUCCCCCUGGGAUGUAAUCACUUGAUUUACUUUUCAGCUUGACGUGACAUUUUAAUGAGCUUCUAAUGGAAUGUGCUCGUUAUCGUCUGAUGAAAAACAUCUUUCGGUGUGUCGUUGCGGAUGUAAGCGGCUUCACGCGUAGCAAAGCAAAACUGUAACGGCAGCACAAGAACAAGAAUAAAUUGAAACAGCUUGGAAGUUAA